GGCUUUGUAUGCAAGCAACAAUAUGGAUCAGGGUUCUUUAAUAUGAGGAUCAAGCUUGCUGGCAGGAACACCGCGGGAGUUGUUACAGCUUUCUAUCUGGCUUCGAGUGGUAAUUAUGGGCACGACGAGCUAGAUUUCGAGUUCUUGGGGGAUAAAGAAGGCAAACCGAUAAGAUUGCAAACAAACGUGUUUGCGAACGGGAAAGGAAAUAGAGAGCAAAAAGUUGUUCUUUGGUUUGAUCCAGCUGCAGAUUAUCACGAUUACAAAAUCCUAUGGAACCAUCGUCUUAUUGCAUUCUAUGUGGACGAUAUCCCGAUAAGAGCGUUCAGGAACAACAAGAAAAUAGGCGUCGAGUACCCGACGCAAGCAAUGCAGAUACACGUGAGCAUAUGGAACGGAGAUAGCUGGGCAACCGACGGCGGGAGGACAAAGAUUAACUGGACAUAUGCACCUUUCACCGCCCAUUUUCAGAGUUUUAACGUCGACGGCUGCCCGUCGACUAACGGCCGUCGCAAAUGCCAUUCAGCAUCUUCGUAUUGGUGGAAUCAAAGGAAAUAUUGGAAUUUUAACAGAACUAUGAGAAGGAAAUAUCAGAUUGUGAGAGAUAAAUUUAUGAAUUAUGAUUAUUGUAACGAUACCACUAGGCACCCUACUACUCCCCCUGAGUGUGCUCCUAAUCAUUUUAAGAAUAAACAUUGAUAUAUAAUUUAUUAUUAUUAUUAUUAUUAUU